CCGAACGAACCGAAAGCGAAUGGUACGGAGGCUGACACGGAGGCCACAGUAACUGACCUUAAUUUUGAUUUCUUUCCAGUGGGUUGCCGCCUUAAAGAAACGUGGAAUAGAUAUUAAUUACCAGCAGUAGUUCAAUUUAUUAAUAGAUAAGGAAAAAUGGACAGCGAUGGUCUACCUAUCGUAGGGCCAAAUGUGGAUUAUACCAAGGUUGGGCCAAUAAACCACAAGAGAACCUUGGCAUUCCUUAAUCAUUUUAUUACUCACUCUGUUAGAUUUCUGAAUAGAUUUUCAUGUGUUUGUGAAGAGAAAUUAGCAGAUUUAUCCAAUAAAAUUCAGAGAAUUGAAAUAAUGAUGAGCAUUUUAGAAGCUAAGUUAGCAUCUAUCCCAGGCCUUGAGGAUGUAACAGUGUCAACACCUGCACCAAGUCAGCCUGAAGCAGCUGCUCCUGCUCCUGCUCCGGGCAUGGCUCCUCCUCCAGCUCCUGGUGCACCACAACCAUCAGCAGAAGCAUCCCUUCCACCUCCCACAGAAGAACCAGCUCCUGAACCAGAGAAACCAGCAAUGACUGUUUCCAAAGAUCCAAGAUAUGCCAAAUACUUUCAGAUGAUUAAAGUGGGUGUCCCACUGAUGGCAAUUGCUCCCAAAAUGCAAGCAGAGGGCCUAGACCCAAGUUUGCUAGAGAAUCCUGAUGCUCCAGCCCCCGAUGGUGGCCCAGUACCGGCGCAGGAGGACGACUCUGACUCAGAGAUGUCAUCAACUUCUUCCUUUAGCGAUGCCGAUUGAUAGAAUGGUAGUCCAAUAUAAAGCGCGUGAUUCCUGUCUAACACAGCCUUAAAUGAAAUUUCAAACAAACUUAAUACUAAAUGGGUUGAAGAUUGUGAAUCGUUUAUUUGCCAAUAAACUAUUGGCAAAUAAACGAUUAAAUUCUUGACUCUUUUCAAAGUUAAGAUUUUUUUCUAUUAGGAUAGAUGCCAGCUAAAAUAUUCUUUUUCUUCCUACCCGAUCCAUUACGUCAGCAGUCAAGACUUCUUCGUCUUUUUUUGUGGUUUUUUGUUUCUCUUUAUUCUCCGCUUGUUAGUCUAUUUAACAAAUAUAUCCCAUGUCGCUUUGCGUCUGUAGAACACGGACUAUGUCGAAAUCUGGUAAGAACGAAAAAGGGGCACACGAGGGCGGAGCCGAGUGUGUCAUUGAUGUUCUUGUUACAUUUGACGUCUUCUAUGGCCCUUCCUGAACAGACCCACCGCAACGUUUAGUCUACUUUGUGUUAUAUCAUCAAAAAGUAAAAAUUCUGUUAAUGUUGAUGUCAUUCUAUUCGUCUGUCCUCCAGUCGAUCAUAAGUAAGAAGUGAGAACCAAUCAAAGGGCCUGCAUAAUUUAGCUCUUCAUCUGAAUGUAGAAAUAUUAUUUUUGUUCAUAGUAAACGUUAAGGUAACACAAAUGAAUAAAUGCUGAUAGUUUCUAAAGAAA